UCCUCACCCCCUCAGCAUCCCUCUUCGCACACUACUCGUUUUUCCCUCUCGAAGAACUGCUGCUGCUGCUGCUCGUCCAAUGUCAUUGCGCGCAAGGCUUUCUGUGCUAGCCAGCGUCUGCUUCUCUUUGUUGGCUAGCUGACAGCUAAACAGUGUAGGGGAUAACAUCCGUCGUAUCCGCCUGCAGUUGUCAUGGGCUCCCCGUUGCGGGCCACAAGCUUUUCCCUUCGUCUAUUGUCGACUUCAAGCCAUGCAUCUCGAUUGAUAUCGCUCGUGCUUCCCGCAACCCAAGCGCCUCGUUUUGUUUCCGCUAGCCAUUUUUUGCCUGUGCUUCGCCACGUUGAUAGGGGAGCUAGGGAUGAGCGUGCCCGCCGCCUCCAAGCGUUAUCUACAUUGCUCAAGGAUCCAAACCUCCCGCUGCCUGCUUUCUCUGGCUGGCUUCGUCCAUGCGUACCCUUUCUCUCUCUUUGCAUUCCUGUUAUUUCUCUCAAUGUCGUGCGACCUCGUUGUCUCGCUGCUUUUUUUUACCUUAUUUUAUUAUUCUCGAACCCUUUCUCUUCUUUGCUACACCAUUCGCCUAAUUUUUGCUUCACUGCUUUCGUUACAUUUUCGGUCCAGAUCGAUCUUCUCCCCUCGCCGGCACCGGCCGUUUCGACAUGUGGUCAUGAUCAGCGAACGGAGACGGCACAUCAGCUUUCGGCACAUCUUGGCUACCUUCCCCCUCCAGGAAAGACAUGAUGAGUGUUUGUUGAAAUGUGUUUGUGGAUGCCUACCAUUUUUGCUAUCCUGUAGCCACCGGGAGUCACUCCCCUUUGCACCGCGUUUCCAUGCUAUGUUUCUGCAUAGGAUAGUUGUGUGGAGUGCUUUGUAGCACCCUGCG